AGAGAGGAGCGCGGGGGAGGAAAGAGGAGAAGGGUACCGGUGGAAAAAUGGAGGAGGGGGACCACUUUUAGCACUUCUAGUCAAUUUUAGCACCUCUUGGAGGGCUAAUGGAUUAUGGGGGGCUAAAAUUUAGCCCCUCCAUUUUAGCCUAGGUGUUUGGGAGGAGGAGGGGCUAAAAGUGACUAAAAUGGGGGUGCUAAAAUUUAGCACCCCCUCCCAAACACCCCUAUAUUCUCCUCCCCUUGCGCCUUGGCACAAUAGCCGUUGCUGUGCGGCGGCGUUCCCCUCCCCGUCUCUCCCCUCCUCGCCCUACAAAUACUCGCCGGCGGCCGAUCCCUAAACCCCACAGCGCAAGCGCGCAGCUCUGCUCUCUCUUUCUCCCUCUCCCGUCGCUCCUCUCCGCCUCCCCACGCCGAUCUCGAUCGCUCGGGGAGACCACGAGACGCGCGCCCUUCUCUCGCUCGCUCAUCAAAGCUCUCGACUUUUUUCUUUGAGUUAAUCUUCGCGUUUCCUUUCGUGUUCGAUUCACUAACCUGCGAUUAAUCCCUGUUUUUUUUUUGCUGAGUUCCAUUGUUUCUCCUGUUAUUAUUAUUAUUAUUACUGUUUUGUUGCCCUGUUUCUUCUAACCAUGGACGUAGGCUCCCGCUCGAUCUCAUCUGUCAAGAGCCGCGCGGCGGCGGCGCCGCGGCCGCCGCUGCAGGAGGCUGGAUCCCGGCCCUACAUGCCGCCGCUGAGCUCGGGAUCGCGCAACCCUUCAGCCAAGUGCUACGGCGACAGGUUCAUCCCGGACAGGUCGGCGAUGGACAUGGACAUGGCGCACUACCUGCUCACGGAGCCCAAGAAGGACAAGGAGAACGCGGCGGCGUCCCCCUCCAAGGAGGCGUACCGGAGGCUGCUCGCCGAGAAGCUGCUCAACAACCGGACGCGGAUCCUCGCCUUCAGGAACAAGCCGCCGGAGCCGGAGAACGUCACGGGUGCUGACGCGGCUUCCUCCCACCACGCCAAACCGGCCAAGCAGCGGCGCCACAUUCCCCAGUCUGCGGAGAGGACUCUGGAUGCACCAGAGCUUGUUGAUGACUACUACCUCAACCUGCUCGACUGGGGGAGCAACAACGUGCUGUCCAUUGCUCUGGGCGACACGGUGUACCUGUGGGACGCCUCGAGCGGAUCCACUUCUGAGCUUGUGACUGUCGAUGAGGACAGCGGUCCCAUCACCAGCGUCAGCUGGGCUCCCGACGGUCGGCACAUUGCUGUUGGGCUCAACUCGUCUGAUGUCCAGCUCUGGGACACCAGCUCUAACCGAUUGUUGAGGACUCUCAGAGGUAUGCAUGAGGCAAGAGUUGGUUCAUUGGCAUGGAACAACAGCAUCCUGACGACCGGUAGCAUGGAUGGUAAGAUCGUGAACAAUGAUGUGAGGAUUAGGAACCACGUCGUGCAGACAUACGAGGGACACAGCCAGGAGGUCUGCGGGCUCAAGUGGUCUGGAUCAGGACAGCAGCUGGCCAGCGGGGGCAACGACAACCUUCUGCACAUUUGGGAUGUGUCGAUGGCAUCCUCCAUGCCUUCUGCCGGCCGCAACCAGUGGCUGCACAGGCUCGACGAUCACAUGGCCGCUGUGAAGGCACUGGCAUGGUGCCCAUUCCAGAGCAACUUGCUGGCAACUGGUGGUGGUGGUAGCGAUCGGUGCAUCAAGUUCUGGAACACACACACCGGUGCAUGUCUGAACUCUGUCGACACUGGAUCACAGGUUUGCGCCCUUCUCUGGAACAAGAAUGAGAGAGAGCUGCUGAGUUCACACGGAUUCACACACAACCAGCUAACCUUGUGGAAGUACCCAUCAAUGGUGAAGAUGGCUGAACUCACUGGCCAUACCUCCCGUGUCCUUUUCAUGGCUCAGAGCCCUGAUGGUUGCACAGUAGCCUCAGCAGCUGCGGAUGAGACCCUCCGGUUCUGGAACGUGUUUGGAGCCCCUGAAGCGCCCAAGCCUGCAGCCAAGGCUUCCCACACUGGGAUGUUCAACAGCUUCAACCAUAUCCGAUAGGAUGAGUCCCAGGAACAUGCACUUCUAUCGGACAUGGUCCUGCAUCAAUCUAAUGCAUCAUAAUGAAGGUCAAAAUUCAAUGGCAGAAUUGGCUUUGUUGACGUCUUCAUCAUCACGUCGAUGAUAUCUGCAGAGUCUCAACGCCAGAACAUUGGGAUCCAGAACCUCUAAUAUUGAAUUGUUGCGGGAGGAUUAUGUAAAUACCAGUGAUUAGUGUUGUUCCAUGUACAUCAAAGUACAGUGUGUUCUUCCCAUUUGGACGCAGCAUCAAUAAGUCUGUUUGAUGCGGCAGUUUGUAAAUUAAGAAAUAACCAUUCUUUUCAAAAAUUAAUGGAAUACUUGGUUCUUUUCUUUCAAUCA